GUUGGUCAAGACGGUUGUGAUUUUUGAGCUCCGCUAAGUUUCUUUAUAUUCUUUGCUUUUUCUUAUUUUUGUAUUCUGUAUUUUUUUGUGUGUGUCCUUUCGUUUAACCUUUGUGCAAUGCCUGGGUCAGUUGCGGCUUUGAAGAAGGAGAAUAACAUACUUAAAGCGCAACUAUCGUCAAUGUCGGACGAGGUAGCUAGAUUGAAGGAGUUGAUACAGCGACAUAGCGAGAGAAGCGAAGAAGUUCUGCCCAGCGAAGAAGGUGCCCAAUGUGUAGAGUUCUUGAGCAAGAAAUACGACGACUUCCAUCUCUUUAGCGGCAUGGCCAAAGACGAACUCCAGCGACUAAGCACCAAACUCGAAGAGCUGAAAGCCAAGGUAGAUAUUAUUGGAAAUGCUAUUGACGAAAUUCAAGAACAUAGUUUCCAGUAUAAUGUAAAAAUUGUGGGAGUGCCUGAGAGGCUGCAAGAUGAAUCCGCAGCCUCGAUAAGCAAGCUUUGCCUAAACAUUUUUAAAGAAACGGGAGCUGAUCUAUCGAUGUAUGACAUCGACACCGCCCAUCGUGUUCCCAGCAGGAAUAACAAUGGAAAGCCAAAGCCGAUAGUUUGUAGAUUUGUCAGGCGUUUAGCCAAAGAAAGCGUCAUGAAUCAUCGUAAAGAUGCAUGCAAAUUGGACCCGGCUUCCGUUGGACUCCCUGAGGAUGCCUCGUUAAGCGCGGUUAGAAUUUUUGAUCAUUUGUCACCCCGAAUGCAAACAGUCCUGUUCGAGGCGAAGAAGUUUAAAGAACAGCAUUAUUACCAGUACUGUUGGUCAAAGGGCUCCUUUGUUUAUUUACGGAAAGAUGCUACGUCUCGAGCCAUCAAGAUCAAGAAUAUUGGUGAUCUGCUCAGUCUGGAAAACGGAGACCAAAGCUAAGUAUAUAUCUCGUAAUAACAACUCUCAAUGGUAGUCCUAAGUGACAGAUAUGUUUGCCGAGCAAACAAAUCUUUAUUAAAAAACCUUCCUUUCUCAAAUGUUGAUAUCAUCCGAACGCAUGGUCAGUUCAAUAAUAGCCUGAACAGUAACUUGCCAACGAAAAAGUACUUAGAUAAG